AUGAGCAGGUACACCAGCCCGGUGAACCCGGCCGUCUUCCCGCACCUCACCGUGGUGCUGCUGGCCAUUGGCAUGUUCUUCACUGCCUGGUUCUUCGUCUACGAGGUGACUUCUACCAAGUACACUCGGGACAUCUACAAGGAGCUGUUGAUCUCGCUGGUGGCCUCGCUCUUCAUGGGCUUCGGCGUCCUCUUCCUGCUGCUGUGGGUCGGUAUCUACGUCUGA